AAGAGGUAGAUGCUAACAAACAGGUUUUGGCAGCCAACUCUGCCGCCUCUGGCUCCCCUGUCCCUGCCUGAGCAUCAUGAAGAAGCUCAGAAAGACCCGAGCCAACCAACUGGACAAGUUCAUCGAAGACCGCCUCCUGCCAGACGAGGAUUUCCGCACGCAGGUCAAUGAAGCCAUCCACAUCAUCUGCAGUUUCCUGAAGGAGAGGUGUUUCCAAUCGGCCCCCCACCCUGUUCGGGUGUCCAAAGUUGUGAAGGGUGGCUCCUCAGGCAAAGGCACGACCCUCAGGGGCCGAUCAGAUGCUGACCUCGUCGUCUUCGUCACCAGCCUCACAGGUUUUCAGGAACAGCUUCAGCACCGAAGAAGAUUCAUCAAGGAAAUUAGGAAACAGCUGGAAGCCUGUCAAAGGGAGGAAACAUUUGAAGUGGAGUUUGAGGUCCAGAAAUGGCGAAGGAAGAAGUCCCGUGCUCUCAGCUUCGUGCUCAGGUCCCCUCGGCUCCUCCAGGGGGUAAAGUUCGAUGUCCUGCCUGCCUUUGAUGCCCUGGGUCAGUUGACCAAAGGCUACAGACCUGACCCUAAAGUCUACGUCCAGCUUAUCCAAGAGUGCGAGUCCCUGGGGAGAGAGGGCGAGUUCUCCCCCUGCUUCACGGAGCUGCAGCGAGCCUUCCUGAAGGAGCGUCCAACCAAGCUGAAGAGCCUCAUCCGCCUUGUGAAGCACUGGUACCAAAUGUGUAAGAUGAGACAUGGGAAAAAACUGCCCCCACAAUAUGCCCUGGAGCUUCUGACAGUCUAUGCUUGGGAGCAAGGAAGCAUGGAAACAGAAUUCAGCACAGCUCAGGGAUUUCGGACUGUUUUGGAAUUAGUCCUGAAGCACCAGCAUCUCUGCAUCUACUGGGAAAAGUAUUAUGACUUUGAAAACCCUAUUAUUGGACAAUACCUGAGAAGGCAACUUGCAAAACCCAGACCUGUGAUUCUGGACCCAGCUGACCCUACUGGAAAUGUGGCUGGUAAAGACCCAUAUAGCUGGCAGCUGCUGGCACAAGAGGUUAGAGUCUGGCUGAGGUACUCAUGCUGUAAGAAUUGGGAUGGGUCUCCAGUCAGCACCUGGGAAGGUGCCGGUGGGACCUCCUGAUUCCCUCAUGUGACCUGAUAUUAAUGGCAUGUUGAAAUAACAACUUCUAGAAAUACUGCAUUAAAUCAAAUUGAAUUUCAUCUCUGUCUUUGUACUCUUUUACUGUGGUUACUAGAAAAUGUAAAAUUACACAUGUGUUCUGCCCCAGAAUGAAUCACUGGGUUAGACAAUAGGCUUACCAACUCACAUUGUCACCCCGUCUUGGUACCAAAAACGACAUUGCAUUUACAAAAGUCCAGUCAAUAAAAACUCCCUUAAGGGGCUUCCCUCGUGGCACAGUGGUUGAGAGUCCGCCUGCCGAUGCAGCGGACAUGGGUUCAUGCCCCGGUCCGGGAAGAUCCCACAUGCCGCGGAGCGGCUGGGCCCGUGAGCCAUGGCCACUGAGCCUGCGCGUCCGGAGCCUGUGCUCCGCAGUGGGAGAGGCCACAGCAGUGAGAGGCCCGCGUACCGCAAAAAAAAAAAAAAAAAAAUCCCUUAAGGAUGCACAAAAGAGCAAGCAUGUUCUUACCACCUGAAUCACUGGUCACAUGUGUGGCUGGGAAACAGUCUUUGGCUUCUCCAUAUUACUGUUCCUCCUUUGAGUCCUCCAGCAUCCCUGUGAGAUGGGUCUUAUUCUUGUUCUCAUAAUAAUACACUGAGAUUUGGGCACUUGCUCGAGUCACCAAACAUUCCAGCAGCAUUUGUUGAAGGGACCAUCCUUUCCCCACUGUUCUGCAAAAGCCACCUCUAACAUAUGUCCAGAGCCCAUCUGUGUGUGAGUCUGUGUAGUUCCAUUGGUCAACUUUGGCAUCCUUGAGUUAAUACUACCUUGACUAAUUACUGUAGCCUGGUGUUAAUUCUUAAUAUCUUGUAGAAAACUCUGUUUUUAUCCAAACCAAUGUCUUCUCUUGGCUCUAUUUCUAUGUUAAUGUUAUACUCCGUUUGUGAAAUUUCACCCAAAAUACAGGGAGGCAUUUGAUUAGAAUUCCAUAAAUUAGUUCAGGGAAGAUGACAUUUAUUGAGAAUCCCAAUCCACAAACUUGGAGCUUCUUUCCAUUAAUUUUCCUCUUCUUGAAUUACUCUGUAACUAUGUUUUAUAGUUUUUCCCUGCAUUGGUCUUAAGUGUGUUUUGUCAUAUUAUUCCUAGAUACUUGUUUUUAUGUUCUUGUACUUAGUAGGUUUUCUUUAAUUUCAUUUUGUAAUGGUUGGUUUCAUGAAGACCUAAAUGUUUUCAGUGGGUAUAUUUGAUUAAAGCAUGGUGAGCGAGUGAGCUUUAUACUUUUCUGAAUUUUGUGAUUUUUGUUUUGCUGUAAAUUUGUACUGCUUGA